AUGGCCAAAGAUUUGAAGCAGCCAGCUAGUGAUGAUUAUUUCGUUGAUUUUCUUCAUGAGUUUAGAGACCCCUCCAGAUCGACAAUAGCAGUGGUUUUCUUCUGUUUGGCCAGCAACUGGCUGCUAAAGAAUAUUUUCGUUAAUCUUGCAACUGUAGUUGCAACGGGUGUUCGACUUCUCUCCGAUGACUUGGAUUUUGCACAAGUUGCUGUCCCACCUGAACCUUUAGUUGUGUUCUCAAAUCGACCACCAACCGAUGACACUGCCCAAGAACAAUCACCUUCCACUCAUAAUUCGACAGCUCCAUCUGUUCUUCCUGCUCUUGAUCACGAUCCAUAG